GGAAGGGGAGCACCACACCCUGUGAGCCAAUCAGAGCUCAGCUCCACCUUCUCCAUCACAUCAUCUCAGUUUCCAAGGUAACAGGGCACCCCUCUCCCUCUCUCUCCCUCGCUCUGUUUCCAUACUGAAAGGUGCCGCAUCAUCAUCCUCAUCCCUCCCAUCCGUCCAUCCCACCCGUCCCAAACUGAGCUGGUGGCUAGUGUAGCGUUAGCCUCCUCUCUGUUAGCAUCUCUCUCUCUCUCUCUGCAGUGAGGUUGCCACAACAUUAAAGGCACCUCCCUCCCUCCCUCUCUCUCUCUCUCUCUCUCUGUCUGUCUGUUCAUCCUCCAACAUCCGACACUCAGGAAGGAGAAGAUGGACUAAAGCAGCAGGAGAAGAAGAGAGAUGCGUUUACUCCUAUGAGGCUCGUCCACCCACAUUAGGAAUCCUGUACGUCUCUUGCCCUCUCACACCAUGAGCAUUGUAGCUCUCUCCCCCGUGGCCCCUGAACCACCGUCCCCGAUGAUCACCUCCAUCACCCCUGUCACCCCGACCAUGGACCCUGACACCUCCACUUCUUCCUCUGUUGUCACUACCAUCCCUCUUAGUCCGGACCUGGAGCAUCAGUCCCAGGAUGGGGCAUCUUCACCCGGCCCUGGUCCUAGCCAGGGCAGCCUCACCGGGGGAGGACUUCACCUGAGUCGAGACCCCUCCCGGAGGUCAAAGAAACCUCCGCCUCUCCACACAGGAGCUGACUGGAAGGUCGUCCUCCACCUCCCAGAGAUUGAGACGUGGCUGAGAGCGACCAGUGACAGAGUCACGCAGCUCACACACUCUGUGGGACAAGACAGCGACAACAGACAUGUGGAUGUCCACCUGGUGCAGCUCAAGGACAUCUGUGAGGACAUCUCAGACCAUGUGGAGCAGAUUCAUGCCCUGCUGGAGACAGAGUUCUCCCUGAAACUCCUGUCCUACUCGGUUAACAUCAUCGUUGACAUCAGGACGGUGCAGCUGCUGUGGCACCAGCUCCGAGUCUCAGUUCUGGUCUUGAAGGAGCGUCUGCUGCAGGGCCUGCAGGACUCCAACGGAAACUUCACCCGCCAGACUGACAUCCUGCAGGCCUUCAGCGAGGACCAGCACCAGACUCGUCUCGACGCUCUGACAGAGGUGGACGACUGUGGUCAGCUGACUAUUCGCUGUAGCCAGGACUACUUCUCUUUAGACUGUGGUAUCACCGCCUUCGAAUUAAGUGACUACAGCCCCGGUGACGAGCCCGAGGCCCGGGGAGUUGAGGGAGACGGGGACGACCCUUCUCAGGAGCUCAGUCAAACCCAAAACUCAAAUCUGGAACUGGAGGCAGAGGAGAGCGAAGAAUCCCGCCUCUCAAACCACGAACACCAUAACAGUUUACCAGAACUCAUCACGUCCAGUGACUCAACAAACCACAACUAUUCUCCGUCAUUUACUGCGCCCGACCACAGUGAAAGUGCAAAGCGCCCCCUGCAGGGUGUGAGCCACAGCACAGAAGUGUCACCCACACAGCCAUCACUUCCCAAGAGAGCUGCUCUGUUCUCAGACGGAGGAACCAGGGUGGAGGACUCAAGGGGAGGUCUGGGUAACGUUAACCUGGUCUCUGGGCUCCAGUUGCAGGCCGAGCUGAGUCGGAGCACCCCUUCUCUCAUGGAUCCUCCAGACCGCUCCAAGUUCUGGUUGGAACUGGACUCUGUUUAUCCAGAAAAUGUUUCACAGUCCUAUGAGAGUCUACAGGUCAUGAACGGGCACAACCUCCAGAGAAACCAUGUGAGCUCCAGACAGGUAGGACACUCACAGGGGAGUGUGCAGAGACCGCUGACUGAGCUGAGGAGUUCAUCUGGGCCCAGGCCGACCACCAACGCCCCCCCACCUCUCCAAGACCCGAUGUCUCAGGAUGAAAUAUCAAAACAAAUGGAGAGGACACAGAAGGAGACACAUGCACACAGUGAGGGGGACUCUGACUCCUCGUUGCCCUCCCCCAUGAGGGAACAGUUCCUCUCCUCAGACUUGGAGGCAUCCGGAGAGGAGUCAGACCCCCGGCCGCCUCAAGGCAAGACGGCAGUCUGGAUCGUGAAGCGCCAGGGGCAGAAGGGGGCCCAGGUUUCAUCAAAAGCCAGCCCAGAGAAGGAGCACUGGUAUGGGUCAGAAGAGUUCCUGGCCCUCCCUGCUCAGCUCCGUAAGACGGAGAUGCUCGCUAUGAAACUGGAAAGUCUGGCUCAUUCCAUCCCACUGAGGCCUGGUGGCUGCGACUCUACCGAGGAGGGUUUGCAGGAUGUGGAUGACUGGGAUCUGACCGAGCUCAACACCGACUGGGACGUGGAGGAGAGCGGAGAUAACAUGAGCAGUGUAAGGGAGAGCGGGGACGAUGUUCCUUCUCCUCUGCCACCCCUGCUUCCUUACAGACGAAACCUCAUCAGCCGCUUUAGCUCCACCUCCUCCAGCGAUAUCGCUCCCUCGUUGGACGAAAGUAUCGAAUCUGGUCCCUUGAGUGACCUGCAGUCUGAAGACGAUGAGGGACAGAGGUCUGCGGACCGCCGCAUGCAGCUGACAGUCCCCCUGGUGGACGUAAGGGGACGUGGGUCCUUGGUGCACCAGCUGCUGGAGGACAUUCAGAGUCAGGACAAAGAUCCCGAUGUCUGGAAGAAGAUUGAGUGUUUCGUCCAGCAGUUGGACGGGUUCAUCUCGUGGCUGCAGGAGGCUCUGGACAGCACUGAAAACUGGACGCAGCCCAGACAGGAGCUGGACAGCCUGAGGGCGUACCUGGACACACACCUGAGUUUCAAACUGAAUGUGGACAGUCACGGCGCUCUGAAGGAGAGUAUAAUGGAGGAAGGCAAAGCGCUGCUCACCGUCAUCACCUGCCACCAAUCAGGUCUCAAGGAUAUCCUCCAUAUGGUUUCCAGCCAAUGGGAUCAGCUCCAGCGGCAGAUCAGGCGCCAACAUGGCUGGAUGCUCCGUGCCCUCCGCUGCAUCCAGGCCCGCCUCCUGUACACCAGCCAAUCACAUGAGUCCUUCACAGCCUCUGGAGAACCCUCAGCCAAUCGACAGGCACCGUGCCCAGUGGACGGCCUCAAGGCUGAGCUGAUCUCCAGUCAGUGUGAAGCCCAGAGAGCCACCCUGGAGCAGAUGGCCAUCAAACUGAGCACCCUACAGUACCCCUCACCGGCCAGCAGGAGGCACUGCAGCCAGCUGGCCAGGAACAACAGUCUGCAGGAGUUUGAGGCCGAUUAUCAGGAGCUCUGGGAUUGGCUGAUGGACAUGGACGCCAUGGUAACAGACAGUCACCAGCUGAUGAUGUCAGAAGAGCAGAGACAUCACCUCUUCAAGAGCAGCCAUGCUGAGCUGAUGAUGAUGGAGAGCAGGAAGACGGGUCUGCUGGGCCGGGCAGAAUCGCUGAAGAGGAGCGGGACCGAACUAUCCGCAGACUUUCACCGCAAAAUACACAACCUGACGCACACAUGGACACAGCUGGAGAAAAUCCUCUCGGAGCAUUCAGGACCCGCCUCUUCGCAACAGAACCAGUCAGCCAACAGGAACUCUUUGCAGGUCGGCGGUCGCGCUGAUGCCAUGGAAAACCCCCGUUCGGCCCUGUCCCCGCUUACCAACUCGCUCCUGGAGCAGCUGGAGGCUCGUAUUAAAGAGCUGAAGGCGUGGCUGCGAGACACUGAGCUCCUCAUCUUCAACUCCUGCCUCAGACAGCAGCACAAAGAUGCCUCAGAGCAGCUCCAGAGCUUCAAGUCUCUAUGUUCGGAGGUGCGAGCUCGACGCCGAGGAGUCGCCUCGGUUCUGAAACUCUGCCAGAAGCUGCUGCAGCAGAGCCAGUCGGGCCCCAUGGCGGAGGUGGGACCAGAGGCGGAGCAGCACUGGGAGGCCCUGCAGCUGCUGUCAAUCAACCUGGAGAGGAGGUGGGAGGCGAUUGUGAUGCAGGCGCUGCAGUGGCAGAACAGACUGAAGAGAGAGCUGGGAGAGCAGCAGGUUCCUGGGAACUUUCUGGAACCAGGUCUAGCAGACCUCCAUCAGACCAGCCCACUCCCAGGUGGUCCAGUGGCACCACCACCAGAUGACUCCUGGGAAUGGGAUGAAACAGAUAUGACAAUCACAGAAGCAGAGCCACAAGAAGUACCAGAACCUGACCUUAUGCACAACCUCCCCACUGAACCAACUCUGCCUUUGGACAGCGUUCUGUCAAAUGGGAAUCAACCCGACAGGAAUCAAACCAAUGCACCAGGCUGUCAAUAUCCUGAGAUGAUGGGUGGAUCCACAUCAGACGUUCAGCCCAAUGUGAUGUCCCAAACUCUUCCCCCAAACAACAAUAACAUCUACCAGGUGUACAGCCUCCAUAGUGUUGAAUUAUACAGACAGCCUCCGUUUCCUCACACUUCCUCCUUGCUGCACAAAACCAAAUCAGGAAAACGGAAACAGCAUCUUCUGCUGAAGAGCCUGAGCAAGGACUCCUCGUUUUCCUCCAUCGAAUCGCUUCCAGACCUCCUGGGAGGUUUGAUGUCAGACAGCCAAGGAGGUGACAGAAUGACUAGAUACCAGGAUGGGGUGAGCGAGAAGGAGGGUGGCAGAGGAAGUGGCCAGUCAAGGAGUAGUCGACGGUCAGAGAGCGAGAGCGGGAUUGUUAGUGAUACAGGGGACAUGGAGACGGUAAUAAACUCUGAAAUUCAGGGAGAAGAAGAGAACAAGGAAGAGAAGGAAGAAAAUGAGCAGAGGAAGGAUGAAACUUUAGAUGGGAGCAAUUUGGCUCUGCACAAAGACAAUGUGAGCAGGUGCAAAGAAAGAAGAACCAAGACAGAGGAGAGUAUGAAGGAGAAAAGAUGGAGGACAGAUGAACCUAGAGGUGACAGCAGAAGAAACAAAGAGGAAGAGAAAAGGAGGAAGCACAGGAGGGGAGGAGGUGAAGCAGUUGAGAUCCUAAUCAACGGGCGUGGAAUUCUGACUCCUGCUGACUCUGACUCUGACUUUGAGGUGGGAGGACUUGGUGUAGACUCCUCCAAACCUUUUAUGUCCCGCAGUGAUAUCACAGAGUUCAAAGUUGAUCAGUUUAACGGUUUGGAGACUCCUCCUGCUCUCAGCCGCCGCGCGUCAAGUCCAGAAUUAUCUCAGGGCUCCUCUCUGGAGUCCCUCCUGGCUCUGGGUGUGGAGUUAUUUCCCUCCAAAGACCUACUGCAUCGUAGGGCCUCUCUGGAGAGCUGCCUGGUGCCAUGUCGUGGCACUGAAGGAGAUACCGGAGGCAGCCUGGCCAGCCUAGGGGAGCUGGACCUGGGGCAGAGCAUAGAGGUGGAAGGAGGUCAACCAGGGAAGGAGAAGAACAAUGAAAGUAUGCAAGGAGAGCCGUCCUCUGGGGAACUGAGCCGAAGAACUCUUGAUCUUCUGAAACGCCUGGAGAAUAUCCAGAGUCCUCUUGCGGCGAAGAUGACCCGCAGUGUUUCUGAUAUGACGCUUCGGAGCACCUCCCCACAGCGGCUCCCUGCCUCGCCCUCUCUUGGUGGUCGACACAACCCCCUUUGUGGGAUUCCAGGCUUUUCACGGAAAGGACCGCCAUCUCUGAUUAACGAGAGCUCAGCAACGGCAUCGUUGACAGAGCUGAGCAGCACCGAGGACUCGUCUCUGGGGUCUGAAGACUUUGCUAUGCUCAGAAAUCAACGCCACCUCUUCUUGGAUCCCUCUAUGGCGGCCAACGCCAACUCAAGCUCUUACAGGAAACGUUGUCAUGGAAACAGUCGAGGAGGUCAUGGGAUGGAUGAAGCGGACGCGGCGAGUUUGAGCCUGGUGGUGAAUGUCUCUUGUACGUCAGCAUGCACGGACGAAGACGAGGACGACAGUGACCUUCUGUCUUCCUCUACACUCACACUCACUGAGGAGGAGCUUGGUGUUCGGGAUGGAGAGGAUGAAGAGGAGGCGAGGUUGAGUGGCGCCUCCUCUGGUAACGAGGACGAUGAGGAUGAUGAUGAAGAGGAGAUGGAGGGGUCUUACGUCUUGGGGUUGGAGUACAUGAAGAGGGAGCUUCAGACUUGGAUCCGAUCGCCUCGAACAUCGUCUUCCUCCUCCUCAAAAACAGAGGCCGGCCUCCGGGAUGAGCUGCAGUGUGGAACCAACCUCUCAUCCACCUUCACCUCCUCCUCUCAGAGCAAGGAGCAGCACAGUUUUCUAAACCGCACAGCCCCAAAACUAAUAGAAACCAACACUAACGGUGUCAACAACAAAACAAAAAGAGAUCAUAAAGAAGAGCAAGAACAGGAGGAGAACAGGAGGAACGCAACAAGAAGCUACAUCAGUCAGUUUGUGGACGACGUGGAGAACGGAAAUGUGGACCAGAGCUGCCUAAAAGGGAAAGAUGAGGAUGAUGAACUCCUCAGAGAGGAGUCGAGUGUGUUCACAAAGAAAGGAGAGUCACUGAGAGAGUCUUACGUGUUCACCAAAACAGGAGAGUCAGUUCAGGAUGUUGGUGACUUGAUCGUGAAGACGGAGUCAAACUCAACAAAGCAGCUUUCCUCAUCACCAUCCUGUGAGCUCCUCCCCUUCCUGUCCAAACGUUCUUCCUCUUUAGUGGGACAGCUAAGAGGAGAGCUGCCCUGUCACAGCUCCUCCAUCCCAUCGCCUCCUUCCCUCUCACCCGUUGAGGACUGCAGAUCCCACGAUGACUUGCACAACAGAAGGCCGGCAGCAGGGGGACGAAAAGCCAUCACCAUUCAGGAAAAGUUCAAAUUCUCGUCUUUUGUGACAGAGGAGACAAAAAGGGAAGUCCGAGACAAAGAGUCGUCCCUGCCUCCCAAAAAGAGGCACAGUUCUCACUCCUCCUGCUGCAAACACCUUCCCGCCCCGACUUCCCUCCAUCCAUGCAGCGUGGAUGAGGGCAAGAAGGAGAACGUGCAUGACUUUGUAAUGGAGAUCAUUGACAUGACCUCGCUGGCACUGAAGAGCAAAGAGAAUCAGGCCGAAGAACCGAGCCAGACCGAUAACAGUGGGUCCAUCCCAGACCAAGGUCCUGCAUCACUCACACAGAUCAGAGACAAGGUCCUCGAACACUCCCACCGGCCUCUCCACCUUCGUAAGGGAGACUUCUACUCCUACCUGUCUCUCUCUUCCCAUGACAGUGACUGUGGCGAGGUCAGCCAGUGCUCCGAGGAAAAGAGCUCCACUCCGGUGCCCUACAGCAUCCCGUCUUACGUCACCCCAACACAAGGCCUCCACAGCCCGAGCCCAGAGCUGUUCACGAGCACCAGACAGCAAAUAUCGCCCUCAAACUCGGCCCCGUCUUCCAAGCACUCCUCUCCUGGCCUUCACUCCAAGAGCAACUUCUGCUCUCUAGAUCUGAAGUCAGCCGAAACUAACGGUAGCCGCAGUGGAGAGCCGACUAGCCCCUCUCUAUCCCCGCUCCAGAGCCCAGACAUCAGGGAUGAGGAGACCCUGUUUGCGGCCUGUACAGAGGAGGUGUACCUGGGCCCGCCUCUCUGCUACAGCAUGGUGCUCAGCAAGAAACCGCGAAGGAUUUUGCAGAAGGAAAAUGUGGAGUGUUUGUCCUCCCUGGACCCUGGCUACGAACUGAACAAAAGUCUAGCCUACUUUUCUGGUUCAAAACCAAACGACAGCCUUCAAUAUUUGUCUCAAGAGGGGCCUAGUUCCAACAAAGGUGAUAAUCUGAGCUACCUGUCUCCCUCAAAGGAGCCCGUGUUGGACAGAAACCAGGAUCACGAGUAUUUCCAAGAAUCCAGUCCCGCUGAGGAAACCCAGAGCUCCUUCUCUCCAUUCCUGGAGCCUUGUUACAGCUCAUUCUCCACCUCCUCGCCCUCGAACAGCGUCUCCGCCUCUCUCCAAGGGCCCGGCUCCAAACCAGAAGAUGACAACCUUUCCUCUCCUCCUCCCGUGUCCUCUGGCGCAGAGGAAGAGAAGCGAGGUGAGGACCUGUACCUCCUCUGUGAUGUCGCUGGAGGAGAAGUCGCGGCCGCUGCGAGUGUCAACGCGCCGCGGGAGGAGAGGAGUCGUAAUGAGGGGCCUCCUUAUCUUAAUCCCCGGGCGCGUGUCGCCCCGAUAGACUCCUCCGCAGCCGAAUGUUUGGCAGAUACUAAAACGCUUGAAUCCAAUAUGGGCGCCGUAAUGACCAAGAUAAGUGUCUGCAGCUCCGCUACAAAUCCCUCAAAAGAGCCAGCCGCCACCGCCACGCGUAUUAAUCCCAAAAUUAACUGCUCGGCGAUGAGAGAGGCAGAUAGGGAAGAGGGGGAGAGGCGAGGAGAGGUGGAUACACGGCGGGUGAAGCAGGAGGAGAAGGGGAGGAGAGGGCGGAGCGGCUCGCAGCAGGAAGCAGAGACAGCAGCAGAGAAGCAGGUGCGCUCUCAGUCAUCCGUCCAUCAUGCCAACAGAACAGCAGCAGGGCGGAGCCAAGCCUCAGUGAGACCACCCACCUUGAGGGCUGUCAGAAAACUACCUGUGUUGGGAGCAGGAACCUCCAGGAUCCAGCUGUGAGGGAGCUCUCUCCAUCUCCACCCCAGCUGAGCUGAUCGCUCUCCUUGACUUCCUCUUUCUGGCUGCCCCCUCUCUGCUCCUGGAGCCCUUCAACUCCACCACCCCUACCUCCGAUCUCCCAAAAUUCACUGCUGUAACUGAACGGAUUGUUAAAAAACUGGACUGAAAACUUAUCCGGCAGUUUCAGGGUCUUCAUACAACUGGCUUAAACUUUUGAUCAGAUCUUUUCACUGUAACAAUGAGUCUGAUUUCAGGGUUGAACUUGUGUCCAGUAUGUUUCUGAUUGGUGAUGGAGCAGCUUUUAGGGUUUGUCUGUGCAUAUUUUUUGAGUUAGUUUUUAGAAAAUGUGUUCACAUCAAAAUACAGUUUUGAUGUGAUUUAGAAGAUUUAAGAAGAAAACAAUAUAGUAACAUUACAUCCAACAACCAUUUAAAAGUUUCUGAUCCAGGUUCAGGAUGGAUGUAAAGUGUUUGAAUCCCAUAUUUCUGAAAUCACAAAGAAAAAUCUAUUAGUUGUGUUUAUAACAUAAGUUUGGGCUGAACAGUAAAAUAUAAACUUAAUCUUUUUAUUCAUUUAUUUAUUUUUUUUAUAAUUUUUUAAAGCAUGUUUUGGGUCAUCUUGAGGUCAGACAAACAACAUUGCUUGAACUUCUGAACUGCAACAGUGCAGUACGCAACACUCAUCUAGAAUUUCAAGCAGGACAAAUAAAACACCAAGAGUCAGAAAUGGUGUUCAACUGACCUGGGAUCAGAUGAAACUCAAAGGUUUGCUAUGAACACGCUGUCAACUUAUAUACACACUGUUUAAAACUGUACGGGGCAGUGUUUGUAGCACAAGUAGCAUGUUACUUCCUAGAAAUAACACUCAUUCUUUUGUGUCUAUAGACAAUGUCAGUAUUCAUAAUCUGUUGCUGUGAGUCAGUCAAACUCAGUAGAUUUUUUCACACUCUUGUAGUAUCAGCACCACACUGCAGCCUGUGAGUUAUCUAUGUAGUAGAUAAAGUGUAAUAUUGGCAUCACAGAACCACAGACUGUCUGUAAUCUGAAAAAAGUCAACUGAAUUUGUUAAAGCUACCAUAAAGAGACAUUUAAAAGGUGGCAAGAAGCUGCUGUUACCAGAUCUCUAGUCAUGAAUUACAGAUAUACUGCCUUUGUUGAGAGCUGCAAAAGAUUGUGCAAGUUAGUGUUAAUAAAGCUACAAAUAUUAAGAUAAAAGACCCACUUUUGCAUUAGCAUAUCCAGCUUUGUUAAACGUUGUUGUGAUCAAAUACAGAUCUGUACAAAAUACAAAGAGGCCAAUAAGUUGUAUUAAACUGUAUUUAUAGAAGCUAAAACUUCAAAAAUUUAACUGUAUUAUUUUGACUGAAAAGCAGUACUGAGGAUUUGGGCUCAAAAGGUGGAAAGUCAUUACCAACUAUUUAGCAUGUGUUGGUACACUUUGAUUCAGUCGUGCACGUCUCAUUCAUUUCCAGAGUUGAAUUGGAGUCAAGCAAGACUGUGGAACCCAAAAACUUCAAAACUUCACCAAAAAAUGACAGCAUGUUGAUUUAAACGCCCAAUCCACCUAUAUUUAUGUUUAGCUAACAAAGACCUCUUGUAGCUGUGUGAAUUAUAAUUAAUUUGCUUUCAGGAGAAAACUAGUGGAAGACAGACAAUAGUCAUGUCUCUGUCUAAACGUGUCAACAUUUCAAACAGUCAGGAAAUUUAGAUAAAUGCUCGUGUUGAGCCUAUACCAAGCAGUAAGUGGCUCCAAUUCUGUCAGAAAACCAGAAAAUGUUCACUAUGAGUAUUAACUCUUUUUCAAGAAAAGCAACAACCACUUCAAGCGAGCGUUAAAACUUUUUUUUUUGCAAAAUAUAGUAUGUUUUUUCAAAAUUUGUUGCAUUAAAUCUUUCUAAUGUAAUACUUCAAAUGUAAUGUCAUCUGUUCAAUAUGGGAAAAGAACAUGAGGGUCGUUUUUAAGGAUAUUCUUCUAUUAUUUAGUUUGAAAGAACUUUUGAGUAGUAGUAGUAGAGGACAUUGUAAUUAACUCUGGUUUCUUCACCAUCAGAUUUGUGAGCUGUAAAAUCCACACAGAGCUCACUCACUUGCUGAAUAUGUGAUAUGGUAAGGUCGACGGCGUGUAGACCAAUUACUUAUUUUGCGGUAGAAACAAAAGUAUAUUGUUGAAAUAAUCGACACGACGCAGAAAGAGCAAAGUCUUUGUUUUAAUACCUGCUGUCUGAGAAUGUCGAGCCUUCGACAACUUUGUGGCUGAUGUUGGAUCUUUACUUUGACAAAGACUAUUCUAGUCUUUGUCUAGUUUUUUUUGUGUAUUCUACACUUACUCUUUAAUGUCGGGUCCAAAGGCUCCUCCAGAUGUAGUUGACAGCCUGAUUUUGUCUGAAUUCAGAGAAUGCAACUGUUGUUCUCUCUGCAUCCCUGAUGUUGUUAGUUUGUCAAGUGCAAUGUCUUGGUAGUAAAUUCAAAAAUUUCCCACUUUCUAAGCUGAUGAUGACCACCUGAACAUGCAAAGUUUAAUCAUUAAGGAGGGAAGUGGUGAUGAUGCUAUUGUGACUCAAUUUCAUUUUGGACAGAGCAAGUCCAACUUGCUAACCUUCUCUUAGCCUUUUCAGAAGUCAUCACCUCUGAAGUCAGGUCAACAGUGUCGUCCAUUUCCAAAAGCUUCUUCAAACGUAGUCGAGAAGCUAAAUUUGUCUGAAUUUGGAGAACACAACUGUUGUUUCCUCUGAGAAACAAAACUUCUCUGCAAGCAUUCACAGCUGAGUCAGCACAGUUGGUAUUCACCAUUCUGUGGACAAGAAAUGAAUAUACUCUUAGUUCUGAGUGGAGGCAGGAAGUGGCGCUGCGGUGACUCCUCUAUAGACCGCCUCAUUUAACUGGCUAGCCCUUUGCUUCUCCAAAUGUAGACGAGAAGUGCAAUCUGAUGUUGUCUCAGUUUGUUUCCACAACAACGAAAGAUCUAGUAUUCUUGGUUAGUCCAGUUGACAUUGUUAGUUGUUUAUAGAUCAACAAUGGCUGCUUAAAUACCCUUAUGUUAGAGGGAAGGCCAGGAUCAAGCACUUUUAGUCAGCACAGUUUAUAUUUCAUCCAUUAAAAUGUAACUUCUUGGUGGUACACUCAAGCAUUUCUAACUUCCAUAUUUAUGAGAACUACAAAAUUACUUUUCUUCAGAAGCAGUGAUACUGUGGUGAAUUAUCUGUAGACCAUCUAAUUUUUUUUUUUGGCAUAUUCAUUCUGCUGAGCUCCGAAGGAUUCAAAGGAUAACUUUUCUGACCAACCCUUAUUCAGAUUCAUUCUAAAAACUGAGAAAUUUUGUGAUGAUAUAUGUAUGAGAUAUACCUGUUGCUAUGGUGCUGGAUAAAGCCUUUGUGCUAUGAAUCGAUGGAAAUAUUAUUCACACCCGUCCAGUUAAAUCUAUGUGUUAAACCUAUCCCUUCUCUGCUUGCAGCACCGUUUGCAAAUUGAAGGUUGCACCAGGUGUCCAAAAAUGUUUAAAAAAAUCAUAUAAACAAGACGAUAUUUUAUCUAUGCAACACGACCAAAGUUGGCGAAAGCUGAAACGGUGUUGUUGUGUAGGCGUUGUUUCAUGACUGUUGAUGGGGACGUGUGUUGUUGUUAAUUCUGCUGUAUGUAUGUACACCACUACUGUACCAUGUAUUGUUUUCUUUUUUUAUUUUCUAGACAACUCCAGAAAUGAUGAUUAGCAGUGACGCUGGGGUUUGGGAUUGGUGUUGAGACACGUGUGUGUGUGUAGGACAAAAUAGGGUUUGAGAUCUUUAAAAUAUAAUUGUGUGCCUUGCUCUACUGUUAUUACUUCUACCUUUUUUGUUAAUUAAAACCACUGCUUUCCCUGAUAGGUGAUGAAAACAUGCAACAGAAAAAUAAAAUGAAAAACAAGAACAAGGUUUAAGUUGAGCUUGUGUAUAUAUGUGAAGGUGUAAAACCUUGGUGUAAAAUGCAAAGAGAGGAAUGCUUGGUGUUUAUUUAACUCUGUAUGUGACCUGUGAUGUGGAAUAUCUUUAUUAUUAGUAUUGGCCAUAAAGAGCUUGACUGCAUGGUUCCUGCGAACUACAAUGUAAAACCAACUGUUGGCAAAUAAACUUAAUUUAUUGGAAAAAUAAA